AUGUUUGGUAAAAGAGGGGCCUGCAUAGUCACAGGUGGGCAGCCUUGGGAGGAGCUGCCCGAGAUGUUUAGCAAAGGGAGUGUGUCAAUGAAGAGAAGCACCAGCAGGGCCACCUGUCACAGGUGGGCAGAAGGGCUGCUGCCCCUGCUCUGCAAAAGGUUGGCAAAGAGAAGCACCUGCAGAGUCACAGUUGUUUUGUUUUCUUCUGGAAAAGACAGUAUCCAGAAGUUAGAACUAGAAAUGAGUGGCCCUUCUAAAAGAUCUACUCAAAGAAUCAUCCAUUUUGUUGAUGGAGACAUCAUGGAAGAAUACAGUACAGAGGAAGAGGAAGAAAACCAAGAGAGAAUGGAUUCAACACUUGACCCUUCUAAACUUUCAUGGGGACCCUACCUAUGGUUUUGGACAAAGCGAAUAGCAAGCAUCUCAUUUUCAACAUGUGACUUCCUUGGUGAAAGAUUUGCUGUCUUGUUUGGUCUUAACCAACCCAAGUAUCAGUAUAUGCUAAAACAAUACUAUCGAACACAAAAUGAGGAAAGUGACCAGGAAGGUGAAGGGAAUGGAUCCAAGGCCCAGCCAGCCAGGGCUCCUAAUGAGAAGAGUCCCCUGGAAGUUGGGGGCCUCGAUUAUGGGACCAGAGGACAGGAGUCCCACAGGGCGUUCCCUGCUCUAGCUGGCAAAGAGCUGGCCACAGACACCCCCGCCUACUUCACUCCUGUAACUUGUGGAUCCAGGAAAAGACUUUCUCCUUGA